AUGGGGAACUGCUGCUCGCAAGGGAAAGGCGGGGAGCCCCCGUUCCCUGACGUUCCUGAGUCGGUGAAGCAGGUGUUCAAAGAGUAUGCGGACGAGAACGGCGUGAUCACGAGCAAGGCUCUGCUUAAGUUCUUCCAGGAGUACCAGCAGGACAAGGGGGUGCUCCAUGGACCUAUCGCGAACCUUCUCCUCUCCUUCCCUAGCACCGGCGGCAAGGAGGAGGCGGCAGCGGCGCCGGCGCCCAAGGAGCGAAUGUACCGCAGCAUGACGUUCAAGGGCCAGGGCAGCAAGCUCGCGCAUGCGAUGGAAAAAGUGUCGCACACCGUCGGCAGCAAGCUCAUGGGCGUCGCAGGGGGGCCUAACGAAGAUCGUUUCUUUCGCUUGCUCAUGAACCCCUCUGCGACUGCUCCUAUCAUCGCCCGAGUGUCGCACGACAUGAAGCAGCCGAUGUCGCACUACUUCAUCUUCACUGGCCACAAUUCGUACCUGAGUGGUAACCAGCUCACCAGCGACAGCAGCGUCAAGCCCAUCAUCAAGGCACUGCAGCGCGGCGUACGCGUUAUAGAGCUGGAUCUGUGGCCCAACAACGAGAAGACGGAGAUCGUCGUCAUGCACGGCGGGUACGACCCCCAAACCGUUGUUCCCCCGGCGUUUUCCCAUCGUCCCCACGCGCAACCUCGCGCCUCCCCGCGCGCAACCCCGCGCCUUCCCCGCCUUCUCCCUUCCUUCCCUCCAGCCUUCCCGCUCCCUUUUUCCCAUUCCUUCCCGCAUUUCCUUCGCUUCCCCCCUCCCCGUUUCCCCACCACUCCCCCCCCCCCGCCGUUUCCUCACCACUCCCCCCCCCCCCCCCCCCCGCCGCUUCCCCAUCACUCCCCCCCUCCCGCGCGCAGCACGCUGACGAAGCCGGUGGGGUUCGCGGAUUGCAUCACGGCGAUCAAGGAGCACGCGUUCGUGGUGUCCGAGUACCCCGUUAUUAUCACGCUCGAAGACCACCUCACCGCGCCGCUGCAAGAAAAAGCCGCCCAGACCCUCACGGAGAUUCUCGGCGACACGCUGUACAUGCCCAAGGACGGCGACAAGGAGUUCCCGUCGCCCUUCUCGCUGCGCGGCAAGAUCCUCAUCUCCACGCAGCCGCCCAAGGGCCCCAAAGAGCUCUCAACCGUCGUCGCUACAGACGACCCCGCAGAGGAGAAGACAGACGGCCAGCCGGCGGAUGGGGCGGCGAGCGGCGCGGGCGCGGGGGGGGAAGGGGGGGUGACGGCGGUGGCGAGCGAGGAGCGGCGCGCGAAGGCGAAGGUGCUGGGGCUGGGGGACGCGGAGAAGGUGCGCGCCAAGGCGGAGAAGGCGCGCGAGGCGGCGAGCGCCGCGCUGAAGGAGGGGCGGCUGCAUGAAGUGAACGAGGCGGAGCUUAUCAAGGAGGCGGGCACGUGGGAAGAAGAGGACGAGGAAGCAACCCAGCCGGAGCAGCUGGCACCGGAGUACCGGCGGCUGAUUGCCAUUCCGGGCGGUAAGCUGACGGCGGGGCAGACGGUGGAGGACGGGCUGCGGGACAACGGCGAGGGGCCGCCCAAGCGCGUCAGCUUCAGCGAAUCACAGCUCACCAACACGGCCAAGACGUGCCCCAAGGGGCUUGUGAGCUUCACGCAGCGCAACCUGCUUCGCAUCUACCCCUUCGGGCUGAGGGUGACGUCAUCCAACUACGACCCCAUGCCGGCAUGGCUUCAUGGCGCUCAGAUGGUGGCCAUGAACAUGCAGGGUUACGGCCGGCCCUUAUGGAUCGUGCACGGCUUUUUCCGUGCCAAUGGGGGUUGUGGCUACGUCAAGAAACCUGAUUUCUACCUCACUGCUGGGAACAAGCUGGAGGGGAUCACCGAGGGGGAUGAGAGUGCUGCAGGCAGCACCGAAGGGGUUUAUGACCCUUCUGUUCCUCGACCCAUCCAAAUGACGCUCCGGGUGCGGGUGGUUGUUGGCACGGGGUGGUUGGAGCGGUAUGGCAAGGGUCACUUUGACACCUACUCCAAGCCCGACUUCUACUGCAAAGUGAGCAUUGAGGGGGCACCAUCGGACUCAGCAGAGAAGAAGCUUGAUACGUGCAGCGACAACUGGUGCCCCUGCUGGGACAGCACUACCCUGGAGUUCCCCCUCAUACUGCCCGAACUUGCGCUGCUCUGCAUUGAGGUUUUAGAGAAGGACCAGUUUAAUGACGAGUUUGCAGGUCAGGCAGUUCUGCCUGUGGCAUCACUCAAGCCAGGCUUCCGCUGCGUGUCGCUGUAUGACCGAAAGGGGCAUCCUCUCGUGGAGGUGGCCGGAGAGGAGGUUGUGGGGCCACGGUUGCUGUGCCAUUUUGAAAUGGUGUCUUCUAAUGAAUCAAUCGAAGACAAGGCGAAAGAACCUGAACUCCCAAAAGGGGCUCAAAGAAGCGCAGGCGGUAGUUAUGAGGUGUGA